GUUACAUUUAUAAAUUUAUUAACGACUUUAAAAUGACCAUAUUGAAAUGAAUGAAAUUUUCAUGAUUAGUGCUUUAAUUUUUUCGAGUCACUUUGUUUAUGAUACGCUGUGACUAUACGUAUACGGAUUCCAUCCAUAUCGCCGUGCUGCGUCUCGCUCGUACAAAGAGCGAAAGUUUUUUUCCAAGUGUUAUAAUAAUUACAGUACAGCAUUUGAUCGUUUUUUUCAUAAGACGAAUUGACAUGUUGAAGUGUAACUUGAGAGUGCGCAUAGUUUUGACGUUUUUUCUUUUUUCUUUUCAAAAAAUGAAAUCGGGUUCGCAUUUUAAAUACUCUAGUUCGCCGCUUAUUUAAACUGUGCUUAAAGAAAAUGUACCAUUAUCCUGUCGACUCCUCGAAACAUUCUCAUUACCGUACGAACCAUUUAAGGAUAAUAUGUACGAUAAAAUCAUUACUAAGUGUACUGCCAGUUAAUUUCUCUUUAUUGAAUAUUAUUAAGUAAUUAACUCGUCAAUAAAUUAGUGAAAAUGUUUUUGCGACAAUUCAAGAUCAAGUUGAAGGUGUUCUAGAGUGGCGUAAAUCAGUAUGAAAGAGUCGAAAAUAAAACGAGAAAAUUCCGGUUCCAAGAAGAAAAAGCAUGCUAAAUCCGUGAAUUUGGAUUCUUGGGAUCAAUCGGAUUUGGAAUUCGCUGACGAAAAAGUACUGGAGAAACGUCUUCAUCAGCUCAAAUUACAGUUACGAUUGGCUCAAGAUGAUUCUGCAGAUUCUGGUCGCUCGAGCAAACACGCUAAAAAUAAGAAAAAACCACCGUCUGAUGAUUCUGGAUCCAGCGAUUCUGACGAUUCGUCGGAUUCCGAUAGUUCAUUUUCAAGUGCCUCUAGUUCCUCGGUUAAUAGAUGCGAUAAUAGAAAGUCAUCCUCUGGCUCAGAUGAUAAUCGUAAAAAACGAGCCCGUACCGCUUUAAAUAAUAAAACUCAUGUCAAAGACUACAAGAGCCACAGAUCGCCGAUUAGAAACGAACGUGAAAAUCACAGUAGUAAAAAUGAUAGGAAACUCUCCGUUCGUCGUAAGAUCUCCCCGACACCUCCUAGUAAACAUAGCUCCCGAGUUCGCUCCAAACGAUCUCCAUCUUUAGAUAAAAAAGAAGUGUACAGUCGAGGAGACACUAGUCGGUGGCACGAUAAAGCCAAAGAAGCGGGUAGAGAACGUAGUAAAUACGAAAAGGAGCGUUCGAAAUCUAGAGGCAGAGGUCGCCUGGACAGAAGAAGUCCUAGCGUGUCGCGAGAUCGAACAUUAGCCAGGUCGAAAGACCGUAACGUUAGAAAUGUUGUCAGAACUACUUCGGUUUCAUCUCGUAGGAAAGAAUCGCCGGAACCAAGAUCCCGUGUUUACGAUUCUGGUCGUCGUGCCGGUGCGUUAUUUAUGCAUAAGAAUUCACCAAGAGAAGAUAGACUGGGAAGUAACAGACACGAUGAUAAAAGGUUAGACGUAAAAGUGACCGCAAGAAGGAAUGAUAUACGAGCAGGAGACAUACGCGAUUCGAACCUGCGUAUAACGAAAGAUGUUCGAGGAGAUCGCAAAGAGCCGCCGUCGAUCAAGAUGCGAGAACCAUCUCGAGAUCGCGAAGCACCUUUGAAACUUCGUCGCGAGUCGCCAAUUCAUCGAGCUGAUCCUAGAGAUCGUAAUCGAGUCAUCGAAGAUCGAUUGAAAGAUCGGGAUAAGAAAAUACACGAUCGACUGGAACCGGAUCGUAAUAAUCGUAAUAUACGUAAUGAUAACAGAGAUGUACCCGACGAUAAAUUUCGACGGAAUGAUCGAUCGUCCGAUACAGCUAGACCAAAUAAUCGAUACGGCAAUGAAAGUGUUUUCGAUCGAAUGCGAAAUCGUUAUAACGAUAGAAGAAACGCCGAAAACCAGCGAUUUGCUAGAACGGAACGUGAUCGAGUUGGUAGUGAUAUGAGAAAGGAUAGAAUUAAUGAUAAGGAUACCAUUAAGAGUCGUAUUGUCGAAAGUAACGGCAACGAUAGACCAUUUCGUGAUAGACGUAUUGCUCCAAUUGUCCGGCCGAGAUCACCGUAUCGUGAUCGGAAAGAACCAUUGAGGGUAGAUCGCCGAUCUCCACUAAACUUUGAAAGAAAGUUUUCCAGUCCAACAGCUACCAGAAAAGCGCGAGAUGAUAAUCGAUCUAUUCACAAUAAACGGAAAAGUUUAGAAAACGACGAUCCGCAGUGGAACAAAAGGAAAAGCCUAAAUAAAACCAGAUCUCGCUCAAGAAGCAGCGAAAAAAGAAAAAGAAGGAGAAGCAGUCAAGAAGAAUGGCGAAUAAUCGAUAUGACUAGUCCUGUGUUAGAUGACGAGUUAUCCGACGAAACUACCAACAAUGUGGAAAACAAUACGCAAAAACUGAAACGACCUACUAUCAAUAAAAUUAGAAAUAAGUUUAAAACCGAAGACAGCGACGAUAAUGACAGUAAAAAUAAAACAAUUCUUACCGACGAGCUUAGUGAUAUAAGUGAUGAAGAUUUCAACGAUAUUAAUACCAAUAAUUCGAUCAAAAAUAGAAGAGAUAAUCUCACCAAGGCCGAUAGACAAUUUAGAUUAGAUAAAAAUAAUCGUAAAUCGUUUCAACAAAAGGAAGAAUUAGACUUGAAUAAAUCGCCAGUUGAUCAAGACAAUAAAAAUUCGCCGACGAGGGUAUCCGCUCCGAACGACGUUGACGAUUUGAUAGAAGAACGAGAAAAACUCAGUGAUGACGAAACCAGGGUAGAUAUCGAGAAAACUAACGAGCAUUUAGAUUCGGAGGAAGAUACAGACUUGUUUACAGUGUCACGCGUGAGCGACGCUAUAGGUGUAGACUGGGCCGAACUUGUUGAAGAAUCCAAACGAAAAACACCAGCUAUCGAAGAGAGCUCUAAAUUGAUACGGAAGAAAUGGAGUGGUGUGAAUAUGUUCUCGAAAAUCGGGAUUUCUGAGAAAUACGCUGGUAAAGAAUUGUUCGAAGAGAUUCAGAACGAAUUGAAUGUUACGGAUAAUGACGAUGAUAAAAAUAUCGCUGAUAAAUUUCAUCACAGUAUUGCCGGUUUACACGUUUGCUUAAGAGAUAAAUCGAUCAAAAGAAAAACGCUGUUCGAGCCUUAUAAAACUGCGAUCUCCGCUCGUAAAGAUAUUAAUAUGAGGAGAAGACUAUGCGGCCUACCUGUUAAGAAUAUCAACUCUCAGCAAAUAAUCAGCAUUUGUAAUUGAAUAAUUGUCUGAGAAAAUUAUUACCGGUAUUUUUCAUUAAAUUGUCUGAGAUAAUAAUCGAAUAAUUGUGCAAAAUUUAUAAGAUAUUUUUUCUUUCAUUUUUGUUUACUUUGUUUGUUACGUUUAUUUAAAUGUUGGUAUUUGUAAAUUCGUGUAAAAAAUUUUCUCCACUUUUUUUUCUCUUUUUGUACUUAAUUGUUGGAACCGUAUUAUGUUGCAGUUGUGAACGUAUGAAAUUCAACCAAUAAUAUGAUUUUUUUACAUGUGUUUAA